GGGAGAUUCGUCUCUUCUUUCAGUUCAUUAGUUCGCGGGAAAGGGGAGAAACAAACAGAAGACCACAGCACAGGAAUUGCUCAGACGAAUAGAAAUAGUUUUUAAAAAAUCGUCUGGCUUCGGCUGAGUUAGAGAAAUGCUUUUUCGCUCCAUUGUUGACAGAGGAGUCCGUAAAUUAAGGCGCAAUGACCUCAGCCCAAAGUACCCGUUGUCCUCUCUGCUGAACGGCUACCAGUGUGCACGGCAUGAUGAACACAUCUCAUACGGGAACAUGGGGGUAGCCGUGCCCCCUUUUGGAUGCGCCUUCUCUACAGCUCGAGGGUUGCAGAGUGUAUUUGCUGUGGCCAACGAGGAGGGUGUCUUGAGGCUCUACAACACAGAUAACAGACAGAGUCCAGUCCUGAAAGAAUGGAUGGCACACGAGAAUGCUGUCUUUGACCUUGCUUGGGUGCCAGGGGAGGCUAGCUUGGUGACUGCAUCAGGUGAUCAGAUGGCCAAGCUGUGGGACGUGGCAUCGGGGGAACUCCUUGGCAGCUUCAAGGGGCACCAGUGCAGCCUCAAGUCUGUUGCAUUCACACAGCAGGAGAAAGCUGUGUUCUGUACUGGGGGCCGAGAUGGGAAUAUUAUGGUCUGGGACACCAGGUGCAGCAAAAAAGAUGGAUUCUACAGGCAGGUGAAGCAGAUCAGCGGGGCUCACAAUAAGAUGGAUAGAAACACACCCUCUAACACGAAGAAGAGACGCCCAGGCACACGUGGCAUGGCCCCCUCUGUGGACUCACAGCAGAGUGUCACUGUGGUGCUGUUCCGUGAUGCACACACCCUCAUCUCUUCAGGAGCUGUUGAUGGGAUAAUCAAGAUGUGGGACCUUCGGAAAAGCUACACUGCAUACCACCACGACCCCAUACCGCUCCAGGUGUACCCGUACCCAGGCUCCAGCACACGAAAGCUAGGUUACUCAGGGCUGGUGUUGGACUCCACCGGCUCCAACCUGUUCUCCAACUGCAUCGACGACAACAUCUACAUGUUUAACGUCAGUGGAUUGAAAACCACUCCAGUGGCAGUCUUCGCUGGUCACCUCAACUCCUCGUUUUACGUCAAGUCCACUGUUAGCCCAGACGACCAGUUCCUGGCUAGUGGCUCAAGUGACUAUCAUACAUACAUCUGGAAGAUCUCCGACCCAAAGCAGGCUCCUAUGAUGCUUCAGGGCCAUAACCAGGAAGUGACCUCCAUCGCGUGGUGCCCAACAGAUUUCACAAAGAUUGCUUCCUGCUCUGAUGACAACACCGUACGGAUCUGGCGUCUGGACCGGGGGACGGAUGGAGCAAAGUCCUCUGUCGGAGAGGCCAAUCUGGUGGGCUGGGCAUGUCCUAAACCUGCCACCACCGGGUCCAUUCCAAGGCCUUUGAACCACAUGGAGUCCACCCCAGCCAAGAGUCCCCAGGCAGGGAGUCUGUGGGCCCUGUCCUCCCCCCAGCCUGCCGCCUGCUCCAGGAGUAGAGCCGACGUGCCUCUACCCUCCAGCACCACUACCGCCUCCACCCUUCAGGGUGCUAAAGCCACCCUCCUAUGCCAGAAAACACCCUCCUCCAUCAGGAACUGGUUUUCCCGAACCCCCGGGUCUCCUUGGGGACAGGUCACCUCUCCUCUCCACACGGUGCUCAGCCCCCAGAGCCCAACCGGUACUCCUCCCUCGGAGAGGAGGGCCAAGCGGCGACUGGAGACGGGUGACUGUGGGGCAGCAGGGGGCUGCGAUGAUGCAGGGGAGUGCAACUGCAUUACGGAGCUCUACCCCGCAGCCAAGAGCAGCCGAGGACUGGCAGGCAUGUGCUGCCCCAGCCAGGAGCAACCUCAGGUGGGCACAGAGAGGAGUGAGGCCUGGGAAGGAGCAGACCUCCAGGUGGAGGACCCAUCCACACAGGCAGACAAGGAGAACCAAUCUCCAGGUGGGGCAGACUGGUUGUCAGUGAUGAGCCAGAGGCUGAGGAAGGGUGUGGGAAACACCAGCAGCAUUCCCAGAAGCCCCAUUGCCUGCACGAGGCGAGAUGGCAGGAUGCCCACCUCACCGGCAAUGCACUCUCCCUCCCAAGCAAUGCGCUCACUACGAUCCAUGCAGAAAAUAUCCUCCUACUUCCAGCAAAAGACUUUGGAGUAAUCCGUUUGGAUUGAAAUUGUGCUCUCAGUGCUGAGUGAGAGCACAAUAUAUGUAUUUUAAUUGGGAUCACUGUUCAACUGAGAAAUAUUUUUAAAGAUGCAAUUUAUACAGUAUUAGUCAAAAGUUUGGACACAGCUGAGCUGCUCAUGUUUUUUUACUGUUUUCUACAUUGUAGAAUAAUAGUAAAAACAUCAAAACU